GAGCUGCGGGCUCUGCUCCGAGCCGGGCCCAGGGCAAGUGGCUGCUUCCCUGCCCCGGCGUGGGGCUGCUCUCCAGCCCCGGGGCGCUCGGGGGACUCCGGCUAUUGGAUCUGGUGCCUGGACAGGUGCCCGAGCUCGCAGCCGGUCCCGGAGAACCUGCUCCCCGGGCCAUGGAGAAAUAUGAAAAAAUUGGCAAGCUCGGCGAAGGCUCCUACGGGGUAGUAUUCAAAUGCCGGAGCCGGGACACCGGCCAGAUCGUGGCUAUUAAGAAGUUCCUAGAGUCGGAAGAUGAUCCGGUGAUAAAGAAAAUCGCCCUUCGAGAGAUCCGGAUGCUCAAGCAACUGAAGCACCCCAACCUGGUCAACUUGCUGGAAGUCUUCAGGAGGAAACGGAAGCUCCACUUGGUCUUUGAAUACUGUGACCACACGGUUCUCCAUGAGCUGGACAAGUACCCACGGGGGGUCCCAGAGCAUCUCGUGAAGAGCAUAACUUGGCAGACCCUCCAAGCUGUAAACUUUUGCCAUAAACACAAUUGCAUACAUCGGGAUGUGAAGCCAGAAAACAUCCUAAUAACUAAGCAUGCGGUCAUUAAACUUUGUGACUUUGGAUUUGCUCGCAUACUAACUGGACCUAGUGAUUAUUACACAGACUAUGUGGCUACCAGAUGGUACCGUUCUCCUGAGUUACUUGUAGGAGAUACUCAAUAUGGCCCUCCUGUGGAUGUCUGGGCAAUAGGCUGCGUCUUUGCAGAGUUGUUGUCAGGUGUCCCCUUGUGGCCUGGAAAAUCAGAUGUGGACCAGCUGUACCUCAUCAGGAGAACCUUGGGGGAUCUUAUUCCCAGGCAUCAGCAAGUAUUCAGCACUAAUCAGUUCUUCAGUGGGGUGCAAAUUCCAGAUCCAGAGAACAAGGAGCCACUAGAAUUGAAAUUCCCUAACACUUCAUAUACAGCGCUAGGACUAAUGAAGGGCUGCCUUCAUAUGGACCCCGCUGAGAGGCUCACAUGUGAACAGUUACUGCAAUAUCCAUACUUUGACAGCAUGAGAGAAGCAGACUUGGGAAGAGAGCAUGAAAAAGUCGCUCGGAAACCAACCCGGACAACUCGAAAGCACAUGCCAGGGUUACAGCACCUGCCUCAGUUAACCAGCAGUAGCAUUUUACCAGCUUUGGAUAACAAGAAGUACUAUGGCAACACAAGAAAAUUAAACUACCAUUUCCCCAACAUCUAACAAGAUGGCAAGUCACUACUAAUAGAGCUAUUUAUUGUUCAAAGUGCAAGCCUUCAACAAUUUCUAAAAGGAAGACUUAAGGUGAAAAACUAAAUUAAUGUAAAUUUUACGAUAGACACAUACGUGAUCUCUGAAGUUAGUUUGUGAUGGGUUACCAAUGGAAGGAAACCUCUGCAUAGAGAGCUCAGAGCUGCAUGCUAAUCAGUAUUCUAUGUAUAAAGGAAAAUACAAGUGUUUUGUUUUUGUUUUGUGAUUAUAUUGUGGUUCAGUGUUACUAAGAGCCACUGCUUACAGCAUGUGACUUUAAUAACCCAUGUUGAGUGCCUGUAUUCAAGACUUUGCUGUAAAGUCACAAAGCAUGCCAAAUAAAUUUUGUUUCAGAAAGUCCCAUUGAGUCAAAGCAUUAAAAAUAAUGAAAAAAUAUACUAUACAUUACACAACACUAGAUAGCUGAAACACCUCUGCAUAUGCAUAAUUUUAUUCACAUGAGCAGGCCCAACAGUGGGACUUUCUAGCUGAGUAAAGUUACUUGUGUAAGUUAGUAAGAAUAGGGUUGGAGACCGUUCAGCUAAUUGCAGCAUUUACUCAAUUGGCUGAACAUGGUAAAAUAUAUUUUUAAAAUGCAAAUAAGAUGUUAGGAACAUUAGAAAAGUCUAAGGUAAAUGUAAUGGAAUGCCCAACAGACUACAGCAUUGUCACUGAUGGUGGGGACAAUAAAAUAGAUACAUACUCUUUUAGUAAAACAUUGCUGUUGCUUUAGAAUAUGUUUUUAGGUUUCCACUGCCUUUCUCUUUCUGGCAUUACCAAGAAAUUUCACUUGUUAUUUGGUCAAUACCAGAAACUGCUCACCUGUAGUUUAUAAUACUAGAAAGGAAUGAGCAGGAAGGCCUCCUCAAUAUCUAUACUAGGAUAAAUCUAAUUUCUUUGUAUAAUCUCAGGAUGUAAUACUUUAUUGGUUUUGAAUAAAAAUUAAUGUAGCUCACC